AUAUAUUUCCGGUUGGAAAGCUGUCGACGUUUUAUUUAUUAUGAUUGUAAUAUUUAAUUGAAAAUCAAAAUGAUCCAUAGCCUGUUUGUCAUAAAUAAUACAGGGGAUGUGUUUAUGGAGAAACACUGGAAAAGUGUCAUAAAUAAAUCUAUUUGUGAUUAUUUCUUUGAGGCCCAAGGAAAGGCAUCCUGUCCUGAAGAUGUCUGCCCUGUUAUUAAUACUCCACAUCAUUAUCUGAUCAAUAUUUACAGAAACUCUCUGUAUUUUGUUGCUGUUGUCACAACCGAAGUUCCUCCAUUGUUUGUACUGGAGUUCCUCCACCGAAUCUGUGAUACAUUUGAAGAUUAUUUUAAUGAAUGUAAUGAAUCCAUUUUAAAGGAGCAUUAUGUCAUAGUUUAUGAGAUAUUAGAUGAAAUGUUGGAUAAUGGCUUCCCUCUUGCUGUAGAAUCUAAUGUACUAAAGGAAUUGAUUAAACCUCCAAACUUCCUUCGAACAAUAACAGACACAGUUACAGGAAAAUCUACUGGUGUAAGUGGUAUAUUACCUACUGGUCAACUAUCUAAUAUACCCUGGAGAAGAACUGGUGUUAAAUAUGCAAAUAAUGAGGCUUAUUUUGAUAUAAUAGAAGAAAUUGAUGCCAUUAUUGAUAAAUCAGGCACAACUGUCACAGCAGAAACACAGGGAUAUAUUGAUUGUUUAAUAAAGUUAAGUGGUAUGCCUGAUCUAACUUUAACGUUUGUAAAUGCUCGAUUAUUAGAUGAUGUCAGUUUUCAUCCAUGUGUUCGUUUUAAAAGAUGGGAGAAUGAAAAAAUCCUGUCUUUCGUCCCACCAGAUGGUCAUUUUAGAUUGAUGUCAUAUCAUAUAGGUGCUCAAAAUAUGGUAGCCAUACCAGUGUAUUUACGUCAUACAAUAAAUUAUAGAGAGGGCAGUGGUGGGAGAUUUGAUGUUACAGUUGGACCUAAACAAACAAUGGGAAAAACUGUAGAAAAUGUUGUUUUAGAAGUCCCUUUUCCUAAAACUGUUUUAAAUGUCACGUUAACAGCAAGUCAGGGGAAAUAUAGCUUUGAUCCGGUGUCGAAAAUGAUGACAUGGGACGUUGGAAAGAUUGAUACAGCUAAAUUACCAAAUAUUAGAGGCAAUAUCACAAUCCAGACAGGUUCACCUAUUCCAGAAUCUAACCCAGUUAUAAACGUACAGUUUACUAUAAGUCAGAUGGCAGUAUCUGGUAUUAAAGUUAAUAGAUUAGAUAUGUAUGGAGAGAAAUAUAAACCAUUUAAAGGGGUGAAGUAUAUUACAAGAGCUGGAAAAUUUCAAGUCAGAACAUGAUGAGGAUAAAAUAACCAAGUUAAUUUAUAUUGAAAUGAAGUCAUUGGUAUCAAUUAUAGAUAUAUGUCAUCGGGUCCUACAAGAUAUGUUGAAAUUUUCACAUUUGUACAACAGAGUUAUCACUGUUGACUGUUUUAUAGAUGGUUCAUUAUUUUCAUGAAUACUAAGAUAUAUUCGAAGGAUAUAUUGAUUUCAUUGGCUGAGAGUAAAAAGAAAUAACACAUAUUUUUAUCUACCAACCAAUGAAAUCAUUAGAGAUAUGUAAGUUGUUUGUGAUUAUGGUCAAAAUUUGUACAUACAUUCAUCAGUGCUAACAUAUAGUCCUCAGCUUGCAUACUAAACUUAGGCUGUCUGUCUACAAUUAGCUCUGUUUGAGAACAGACACUAAGCUAGUUGACUGACAUUUAAGUUCUAAAUCAACGAUUUUAGUCGAAAGCACUAAGCAUUUUUUUUUUGGAGAAUUUUUAGACAUAUUUAUUCUGCUUGCAUUUAAUUAAAUCAUAAAGGUUUAACUACCUUUGUGUGCAUGGGAGAUGUAAAACCAGGUAGAACCGCAUUACAAAACAGUAUACUAAUUUUUGGAAAAGGCAGUCAUUUAGGUCAGAGAUCUAUUCUCAAAGUAAAUAGUUCUCGGUGUGCUCAGAUUGUCAUUAUGAGAAACAGUUGUAUUGCAGUCAAGGGUCAAUACUGUUUAGUGUUUUUCACACACUUGAAAACAUGAAGAUGGAUGAUGUGAGUAAUGAAUAUAUACUGUAAAGCAUUGUACCAUGACAUUUAGUAUAUUUUAAAAAUUGAUGGCUUCAAAGUUCAAAUUAAUCUCUGUAUAUGGUUAUUAUUGUGUCAUUAAAUUAUUGUGGAUGAUUUUAUGAAAUUACCACAUAUCGGCCUGGGGUCAAAUUACUGUGUAUCUGCCUGGAGUCAUGUAUCAAUCUAAGGUCAAGUUAGUGAUCAUUAUAAAAAUACUGUGUAUCAUCCUGGGGUCAAAUUAAUAACAGUAUCAUCCUGAGGUCAAAUUACGGUGUAUCAACUGGGGGUUAAUUUACUGUAUAUCAACUUGAGGGUCAAAUUACUGUGCUAUCAGCCUGGGGUCAAAUCACUGUGUAUCAACUGGGGGUCGGCCUUCCAAUGAUAGUAAUGUAAACAGACCACAAGCAAUGUAAUAUUUAAGCAUUAAUAUCAUAUUGUAUAAUGAAUUUAUGAACUGGUACAAAAUGGUUGUACUUAUAUAAUUCCACCAUCUUUAAAUUAUACAUAUAUGUAUAUAUAGUUGUAUAUUUAUUGUUGUUAAAAUAUGUUGUGAAGAGAUUUGAAUCCAAAUCAUUCCCUGCAGACCAGUUUAUUAAAGGAGCUAAACCUCUCUUCUUUAGAAUCUAAAAUUGUUUUUGCCUCAUUCAUCAAAGUGUCUGAUAACAAAUAGUGCUUGAGAAAAUAGAAAAAACAAUGUGGCUCGCGAAUUUUAGAAGUUCAGUGUGUCUUAAAUAUUGGAUAUCAGGAGCCUAUAUUUUCACAGUAAGAUAACAACAUUAAUGUUGAUUUAAAUGGACCAAUAUUCAAAUCGAAUUGGUGUUUUUUAUGUUGAAGAUUCUGGAUAGUAUUGAGUUAAGAGGUUUAGCACCUUUAAAUGUCAGAUAUAGCAUUUCAUAGUCCACCUCCACUCCAUUGCAUACUUACCGAUAGAUAUUUAUAGCUUCAAGAAAUUUUCAUUGUGUUAUAUGGCUAUUUGUAGUUUAAUACCCAAAUACCAAAGGGGAACUACUCUCUUCAUUCUUAUUUUGAAUGAUGUAUAUUUGAAUCAUUUUUUUUUAAAAUUUAUUUUGAGAUCAUUAUCACACCAGUCAAGUACUGAAAUUGUUUUUGUUUUCUUGUAAAUCCAAAGACCAAGAACUUUAUCAUUAACCAAAAAAAGCCAAACCAAUUUGAAUUUUUGUUCUUCCAGAACACCUAUUUAAAAUUUUGCGUCCUAUUUCUUUGGGGGGGGGGGGGGGCACGGUGGCUCACUGAGUAAGACGUUGGAUUUUCCGGCCUAGUUCCCCUUUGUCAGUGAUUUAGGACGGAGGGCCUGGCAAGGGGCAAUGUAUUGGCAUACACGUAAAAGAACCCUUGGCAGUUGCAAUUCGAUAUAAGAGUAGGCCAUAGUGCCGCUGUCCGGUCAAAUUUCCCCCAUAGCACACUACAUGGCGUAUGUCCAGCUUCAUUAGCCCAGUAGGAUGUUAAACCCCAUUUCAUUUCAUUUAUUUCUUUGGGGAAAUAAUUUGAAAAGACAUGUUUCUGGUUCCUUUUCUCAAAAUCUUUUAAUUCCAAUGUUUCAAAAUUUUAAGCAAGAUAUCUGGGAUUAUUUAUCAAAACCCUGAAGAACUAAAAAUUAAAUUUGAUUGACCUGAGUAAUAGAGAAUAAAAAUUCUAACAGGUUCAUGUCUGUAGGAAUAAUGUAGGCCUAUGUUUAUUAUUCAUGUAGGCCUAUUUAUAUUAUUCAUAUUAUUCAUGUACAAAUAAUGAAAUAAACAAUACAUAAAGG